GAAGAAGGCGAUGACGGGGAAGACUUGAGGCGUGAGUGUAUAACAAUGCACAAGGUAUAUGGAAAUGCUACCUUGAUCAUUGCAGCCGCUGCAACUGGGUCUGUUUAUGAAGGAAUAUUGCAAUGCUCAAGGAUAAACCCUGAGAUUCAGUCUGAUUGUAUCAUCAAAUAUGACAUAAGAGAUGGUUCCAUGGGUAUUGCUAAUUUUGUAUUUGAAAAUAAUCAGGCAAGGCAAUGAUCGUAUCAACAAACCCCUUAAUACUCGUGGAUGGACCUUUCAAGAGCGUGUUUUAUCACCAUGAACGAUUGUUUUUUACAGGGACCAAGUGGGUUGGGAUUGUGCCUCGAUACUAAUCAACUCGAAUGGACCAUUAAAUCCCCUCGCCGGCCACCACAAACAUUCUCCCGGUCGUUUCUCAGAUUAUCUUACCAGCCAUAAAAUUACGAGAACUCGUGCUGCAUCUGAAACCGAAGCAUGCAUGGACUAUUGGCGAAAAUCUGUCGAGUUCUAUUCUCGCCGAAACUUCACACAUGACAGUGAUAAGUUGAGAGCUAUUUCUGGGUGUGCCCAAUGGAUUAAAUCAAGGACAGGUGAUGACUAUCUGGCAGGCCUAUGGGCCUCUGAUUUGAGAACACAAGUCUUCUGGUACGCUGAAGCUCCAUCUUCUCGUCGAACUUUGUAUAGAGCACUAUCCCGGUCUUGGGCUUCAGUAAAUGAACGAAUUAAAAUCUGGCAUCCCGAUCAGAUUGGAAAUAUUGACCCUGUUGCUAGAAGUUUAGGUUCUUGGACAUAUCCUAGGAUUCCGCUUGAAGUCGAAGAUGUAAAAAUGACAUACAGUCCGACAUCGAAUGAGUUCGGCGAUGUUUUCAAAGCCUCAUUGCUUAUAAGAGGAGUGCUCAAGCCAUGGAAGGUGAGGGGGGGAGUUGUAGUUACCAAGUCGUGCAUGACCGAGGUGGAGAUCUAUUUUGAUGAAGAUGUCGAUGAAAUUUUGUUUCAGUUGCAUGCGCGAGGCAUGGAGUACUUCUUAUUGUAUCCUUCUCCGGAGGAUACCUCACGAUAUUUUGCACUUGUAUUAAGGAAAGUCGACAAGAUUACUAAACGAGUUGGAAUGGCGGCUAGUUCUGUUGAGGCCUUUGACCUGUACAAUGAUAUUCAGAGCACAGGAGAGUUUAGUCUCAAUUGCCUUCGAGUUGUGGCCAUUGAAUAAAGAGACAAUGGUUCGUAUCGUCGAUUAUGGGAAGAGAUAGUCA